AUAUGUCAUUUGUACCUGAGUAUCAUAAUAGUCAAAAAUUAGGUUAUGAAUUCGUAUAGGUGACUGUGUGGGUGGUAAGAUGUUUCAGAUUUAGUAAUGGGAGAUUUUUAAAUCAAUUCUAAUUUAAUUUAAUUUACGUUUUAAGUAGCCAGACAGGUAUACGGAUUGUAAUGAUUCCAUUACAAAAGUUAUUUUUGAAACGUGAAAGUGUUUCUGGAAUUGUGUUGAGAUUUAAAAAUUGAUUACCCAAGACCCAUAUUAAGGUACUUAAUGCAUGGGGUUCAACUUAGAUGAAGUUUGUUUAGAAAAUUCAAAAUAAUUCGUGUUAAAUACGUGAUUAAUUUUAGUGAUGACAAGUAAUUUUUAUUAACUGUGAUAGUAUAUAAUGUGAUUAAAAUAAAUUAGAGUUGCGGAAGCACAAUUAUCAAUUUAGUAUUUACUUUAUUACCAUGGACAAAGGGGACCAGAAAUUAAGAAAUUCAUCAAAAACCCAUGGUAAUAAUGAUUCGAGCUCAAAUUCUACUUCCACAGUGCUUAUGGUCGGCCCUAAUUUCAAAGUAGGUAAGAAGAUAGGUUGUGGAAAUUUCGGGGAACUUCGUUUAGGGAAAAACUUGUAUACUAAUGAACACGUAGCAAUAAAAUUGGAACCGUUUAAAACAAAAGCUCCUCAACUGCAUUUAGAAUAUAGAUAUUAUAAGUUAUUGGGAAAUCACGAAGGUAUACCUGAUGUUUAUUACUUUGGACCUUGUAGUAAAUUCAACGCUCUGGUUAUGGAAUUAUUAGGCCCUAGUUUAGAGGAUUUAUUUGAUGUUUGUGAUCGUAAAUUUUCUCUAAAAACAGUUUUGGUAAUAGCGAUACAGCUUUUACAUAGAAUCGAGUACGUUCAUUCAAGGCAUCUUAUAUACAGGGACGUAAAACCGGAAAAUUUCCUCAUAGGUCGUAAUGGUAGUAAAAGAGAGAACGUUAUACACAUCAUCGAUUUCGGUUUAGCUAAAGAAUAUAUCGAACCGGAAACCAACAAGCAUAUACCGUACAGAGAACAUAAAUCUUUAACGGGCACCGCGAGAUAUAUGUCGAUAAACACACAUUUAGGUAGAGAACAAUCGAGAAGAGACGAUUUAGAAGCUUUAGGUCACAUGUUUAUGUAUUUUUUGAGAGGUUCUUUACCGUGGCAAGGACUCAAGGCGGAUACUUUGAAGGAACGUUAUCAAAAAAUCGGCGAUACCAAAAGGGAAACGUCGAUAGAAAGUUUAUGUAAAGGUUACCCCGAAGAAAUGGCGACGUAUUUACGUUACGUCCGAAGAUUGGAUUUCUUCGAAACGCCAGAUUACGAAUACCUGAGAAAUUUGUUUAUCAAUUUAUUUAAAAAUAAGGGUUGCAUUGAUGACGGCGAAUUCGAUUGGUCGGGGAAAACUACUAACCUAUCGGCGGGAUCUUUACCGACUGCCACUCAGGAAUUCGCCAUAUCUCCGAUACGAGAAAAGCGUGUUAAUAAUGCCAAACAUGGCGCCGGGGGGAAUUUGACGCCGAUCGAACGACCCGGUUCGUUUUUAUUAGUCAAUUCCGCCAACGGGGAGCUCCAAGGUGGUAAUUCAAUCGCGCACAGUAACACACCCAUCACACAAACCAAAAACGUUGAAGUUGUAGAAGACACCAAAUGUUGCGGGUUCUUCAAGAGGAAAAAGAAGAAAGUUGUGUCGGAUAAAUGAAUUCUGUAAGGGAUGGGUUACAUUGUUGUAGGUGAACAUAUUUAGGUUAUACGAGGUGAUUCAAAAAUUACUUAAUUUUUUCUUCAUCGUUUCUAAAAUUCCUUAAAUUUAAUUUUUCCGCACUUUCUUCUAUUUUUCAAAUUCCGAAAAUUUCGACUUUAUCUUGAAAUUUUCUGUAAUUUUUUUUUCUUCGUGAAUUCAUUUGAAAUUUCUUCUAUUCUACGCAUGCUUUUUCGAAAUUUUUUAAAUUACUUCUUUUUUUUUCAAUUUCUUCUAUUUUUUGAGAUUUCUUCGAUUCAAUUUUUGGUGAUUUGUUCAGUUUUCCGAAAAUUUCGACAUUAUCUUGAAAUUCUCUGUAAUUUAUUUUUUUUUCUUGAAUUCAUUUGAAAUUUCUUCUUUUCUACUAAUGCUUUUUUUGAUAUGUCUUGAAUUUCUUCUUUUUUCAUCAAUUUCUUCUUUUCCCUCAAUUUCUCAAAUUUCUUCUUUUUUCCCUCAAUUUCUUCUUUAUCCUCAAUUCCUUAAUUUUCUUCUUUUUUCCUCAAUUUCUUAAAUUUCUUCUUUUUUCCCUCCAUUUCUUCUCUUUCCUCAAUUUCUCAAAUUUCUCCUUUUUUCCCUCAAUUUCUUAAAUUUCUUCUUUUUUCCUCAAUUUCCUCUUUUCCCCCAAUUUUUCCCUUUUUCUUCAAUUUCUUAAAUUUCUUCUUUUUUCCUUCCAUUUCUUCUCUUUCCUCAAUUUCUCAAAUUUCUUCGUUUUUCCCUCAAUUUCUUAAAUUUCUUCUUUUUCCCUCCAUUUCUUCUUUAUCCUCGAUUUCUUAAAUUUCUUCUUUUUCUUCAAUUUCUUCUUUUUCCUCGAUUUCUUAAAUUUCUUCUUUUUCUUCAAUUUCUUAUAUUUCUUUUUUUUCCCUCAAUUUCUUCUUUUCCCCCAAUUUUUCCCCCUUUCCACAAUUUUUUAAAUUUCUUUUUCCCCAAUUUCUCAAAUUUCUUCUUUUUUCCCUCAAUUUCUUCUUUUUCCUCAAUUCCUUAAAUUUCUUCUUUUUCCCCCCAUUUCUUCUUUUCCCUCAAUUUCUCAAAUUUCUUUUUCCCCCCUCAAUUUCUCAAAUUUCUUCUUUUACCCCAAUUUCUUCUUUUUUCCUAAAUUUCUUAAAUUUCUCCCUUUUCCCCUCCAUUUCUUCUUUUUCCUAAAUUUCUUAAAUUUCUUCUUUUUUCCUCAAUUGUGUAAUUUCUUCAAUUUUUAGUGAUUUCUUCAGUUUUCUUCAAUUCCAUCUUUUGUCAUUUCUUAAAUUUUCCGAAAAAUUUUUCUUUAUCUUGAAUUUUUCUGCAAUUUCUUCUUGUUUUCUUGAAUUCCUUUGAAAUUUCUUCUUUUCUACGAAUGCUUUUUUCGUCAGUUUCUUCAAUUUCUUUGCGAUUUCUUCAAUUCAAUUUUCAGUGAUUUCUUCAGUUUCUUCUAUUCAAGUUUUUGUUAUUUCUUCAAUUUUUCGAAAAUUUUUUCUUUAUCUUCAAAUUUUCCGUAGUGUCUUUGUUUUUUCUUGAAUUUACUCGAACUUUCUUCUUUUCUAUGAACAUUUUUUUCGAUAAUUCUAACUGUUUCUUUCAAUUUCUUCAAUUCAAGUUUUUUUUUUAUUUCUUCGAUAUUCCCUAACCUAACACCAUUAGACAGGCCACCAAAUUGAUGAUAAAUUGAUAGAAUCUUUUCACAAAGUUCCAAAAAAUGAACAAAAUUCUGAGAAACAGUUAGAAUUUUCUCGGAUGGUUUAUAAAAUCAAGAAAAUUUGCCAUCAAGAAACCCAUAAAAUGCUACAAUUUGAAAAAAAUAA